AUGAAGAUCUUCACCCUGAUACUCGAUAUGCCGGUGCGUUGGUCCUUGACCUACAUGAUGCUCAUCCGUGCCUAUAAUCUUUGUGAGAGCUACAGUAACUCAUUCAUCUUGCAACUGCAGGCUGUUGACAAGUUUGUGAGUGAGCUUGCCUUCAAGGUGCGCAAGAGCAAGAAGAUACAAGAGAAGCUCCUAAAACUUUCAAUGACGGAGGACGACUGGUCGGAGAUAAAGCUUGUUGCUUCAAUCUUACAGUGUGCCGAUGAUGCCCAGCAGGAGUUCUCCUUGGACAGUCACUCAACCCUUCCUCUUGCGAUACCUGCACUUGAAAGUCUUCAUCAAAAGCUCAGUAAACGUUGCGACGGUGAGAAGUAUGCACAUCAUCAAGAGGGUCUCUCUGCUGCCUGUGAUUCAAUCAAGCAGUACUAUGACCUCAGUUCGAAGAGCAAGGCACCGUUUAUGUCUAUGGUUCUUAUACCCUCAGAGAAGCUUGAUCAUAUUAAGAAAAAUUGGGCUGAGGAUAUUCAGAAGGAGGUCGUCAAGACCUUGAAAGAAGUGGGUGAUGGCAAGGAGACAGACCAUGCACCUACAUCUACACCAGCACCGUUCACCCCUGCAUGGGAGCGUGCUUUCAACCAGUACAUCAACAGUGAAACUGACGAGGUACCGGAAGGAAUGCCACUUGUCCAGUGGUGGGAUCUAAAUUCCAGCCGUCUGCUGGUCUGGGCUGCAAUCGCACGAGACUAUUUGGCUAUCAUGGCCUCUUCUGUUUCUAGCGAGCGUGCAUUCUCGAGUGCGGGUCUCACUAUAACCAAGCUUCGUAGCUGGCUUCAGGGAGAUAUUGUGGAGGCUCUUCAGGGGCUGAAGGCCACGUUACGCUCUGACUUUGUGAUGCAUGAUCCCGAACCAUCUUCCAUCCUUGAAGAGCAGAUGAUUCUUGACUCGGAGGCUGAGGGAGAGGAUGAUACACAUGCAGAUUUUGCACCGGGCGGUGAGUCUGUGGAGAAUAUGCUUAUCGAGGUUGAGAGUGAAGGAGAUAGGGGUGAGUGGGUUGAUGUUUAG